CGCCCCCUUACUGCUUAUAUACCUCUGAUUAAGCCCCGCCCCGCAGUGUGCUGCCUGACCGUGAAUCGAACAGCAUAGCUACAGUCUCCAGACGCUACACGGAACAAAAAUGAAGGUCCAGGUCCGAGUUGAAUACUGUGGCGGAUGAGGGUACGGACCCCGCUAUCAGGAGCUCCGGAAAGUAGUCCUAGCGGAGUUCCCUGAAGCGGAUGUGUCUGGGUUUGUGGGCCGGUCCAGUAGUUUCGAGAUAGAGAUCAACGGCCAGCUGGUCUUCUCCAAACUCGAGCUGAAAGGCUUCCCCAUCGAGAAUGAAGUCAUGGAUGCGAUCCAGAAAGCCCAGGACGGCAAACCGGUGGCGAAGCUCACCAAGAGCCGAGCCCCGUGUGUCAUCAUGUAAACCGGGCAGCCUCUGAACAUCCUUUCCUCAUACGGCCUCGCUGUGAU